AUGCACGACCUCGAAGACAGCACGAUGCACAAGAUCGAGAAGGGGUGGAGCAUUGCCACGAAAUGUUCCAAAGAGCGGUUGACACGAGUAUAUGGCUGGACAGACGAUGAGUAUUCCGUUGCUAUGCAUCAAGGGCUUGUGAUGCUGGAGACGGUGUGCACGUUUGUGCAUGGAGGUGUCAAAUCAGGGCAAUACAAAUUACCAGUCGACUUCUGGAAGAUGCUCCUCGCCGAGUAUGGCAUCGUUGUGUAUCCGUCGGCCAUGACAGAGUGUUUGGCCCCCUCAGGGGUAGGUUCGAGCCAGACUUUUACAGAGAUAUACAGCGAACACAUUGUUAUGCUAGGGAAGCGCGACUCCAGUCGUCCGCCGUUGUGCCCGUUUGAAUAUCUAAAAGAGCCGUUACCCGUGUACGAAAAAUGA